AUGGACUUCAUAGAUGGCCUUCCUAAGUCUAAAGGAAAAACAGGACCCGGUAUUCACAAGCAAAGUUUGGCAAGAAUUGUUUGCCAUUCUUGGAGUGACUCUCAAUACCUCUACAAAUUGGGUCCCUGGACGUAUGGUCAAACAGAGGUAGUCAAUACGCUUAGAGACUUAUCUCUGCUUCCACCGUAUUCACAAAAAGACUGGUCCUCUUACUUGGCUGCCGCGGAGUACUGGUACAACACCACCUUUCAUUCCUCCAUUCAAUCAACACCAUAUGAGGCCCUUUAUGGACAACCCCCACCCUUGCACUUACCUUAUGUGGCUGGAGAGUCAGCAAAUGAGGAGGUGGAUAGAACACUGCUCACUAGGGAAUUUAAGCUACUACAAUUUUUCCCAUACCAUUUGAAGAGAGCUCAGCAAAGGAUGUCUGAUCAAGCCAACAAACAUAGGUCUGAUAGACAAUUCAACAUUGGAGAUUGGGUGUACUUGAAAAUACAGCCGUACAGGCAGCUCACAGUGUCUGGAACUCAUUUCACAAAACUCUCGGCCAAAUAUUAUGGUCCUUACCAGAUUUUAGAGAGAAUUGGAGCUGUAGCAUACAAACUUUCAGUCCCUCCUCAAUUAUUGCUUCACCCCACUUUCCAUGUUUCCCAACUAAAAAGGUGCUAUCAACUACCAGCUGAAAUAUCACACCCUCCUGUCCUAGAAUUAUCCAGCCCCUAUUGUCCUCAACCUGAGAAGAUUUUGGAGAGAAGGAUGGUACAGAAGGGGAACAAGGCAGUCCCUCAAGUGAAGAUUCAAUGGGACAAAUUACCUCUCGAGCAUUUCUGGGAAGAUUAUAAUGCUCACGGUAGAUUUCGCAUUUCUUCCGAGGUCAAGGAAGAUUUUUAA